CCCGGCUUCUUGAUGACUAUUUCUAUUAAACCAGUAGCCAACCUGAGUAAAUUACAACAUGUAUAAAGUUCCCGUGAAUUUUACUUCCUGAAAAACUGGAAAAGAAAGAAAAUCAAAGAAACAGUGGUGGACUGUUGUGUGUAUGGGAGAAUAAGGAAUUGAGGAAAAAAAAACAGAACUGGGGCAGUUUUAGGAUGUGACACAACAGCAACAGGAUUUGUUAUAUGUUAUAGAUAAAUUUUAAGCUUGAAAUGGGUAAUUGUUGUGACAGUGGUAAUAAACCUGACCGUACAGAGUUUGAUAAUAUUGAGAAAGGAAAAGUAGAUGAUGGGAAGAAUAAACGGAAAAACAGUUAUACUAAAGAUCCAACUAAUUUACCGACAUCUGGUACAGUAAAUGACCGACCUGGUGAACAAGAUGCUUCCGGUUCUGGUUCUGGAGGAUCACAGCGUCAUAUACGUGCCUUGUAUGAUUAUGAUGCAAGAACAGAAGAUGAUCUGAGUUUUAAAAAGGGUGAUAUUCUCAUCCUGUUGGACCAGGGAGAUGAAGAAAAUGAAGAUUGGUGGUUUGCCAAACACACAGAUCCAAACUACCAGAACAGUAAAUCUGAGGGAUAUGUGCCAAGAAACUAUGUUGCUAUAGAAGAUACAAUUGAGUCACAGGAAUGGUUUUUCGGAAAGGUGACACGUAAAGAAACAGAGAGAAACCUGUUAGCUAAAGGAAAUGAAGUUGGGACAUACUUGAUUAGAGAGAGUGAGACAUGUCCAGGUAGCUAUGUAUUAUCAAUACGAGACUAUGACCAGAAUAAAGGUGAUUGUGUCAAACAUUAUAAAAUGCGAAAUAUGGAUGAUGGAGGCGUGUACAUUGCUGCUAGACGUCCUUUCAAGUCAAUAAUGGAGUUAGUGGAACACUAUAAAGGUUCUGCUGAUGGUCUCUGUCGAUCAUUGAAGAGUCCUUGUCCACGAGCAGCACCUGUAAUGUCAGACUUGAGCAGGGAAACAAAAGAUGCAUGGGAAAUACCUAGAGAAUCUUUACAGCUAAUGACGAGACUUGGUGCUGGCCAGUUUGGUGAAGUCUGGAAAGGAAAAUGGAACAAGACAACAGAUGUAGCUAUUAAAACAUUAAAGCCGGGAACCAUGACACAGCAAGCGUUUUUAGCUGAGGCUCAGAUCAUGAAGGAAUGUCGGCAUGAUAAACUAGUGCGACUAUAUGCAGUCUGUUCUAAAGAGGAACCUAUAUAUAUUGUAACAGAGUUGUUAAAAGACAGUUUGCUGAACUAUUUAAGGGAAGGUGAAGGGAGGUACCUUAAGUUCCCAGAAAUGGUUGAUAUGGCUGGACAGAUAGCUAGCGGUAUGGCAUAUUUAGAGCAGCAUAAAAAGAUUCAUCGUGAUCUUGCCGCCCGUAAUGUACUGGUAGGAGCAAAUGGCGUUGUCAAAGUUGCCGAUUUUGGUCUAGCUAAAGUUAUAGAGGAUGACGAGUAUACCCCGUCGUCUGCCGGAACAAAAUUCCCAAUAAAAUGGACGGCACCCGAAGCAGCUAUGUAUCAGAGGUUCACUAUAAAGUCAGAUGUAUGGUCAUAUGGUAUUCUGCUGGUAGAGCUCACCACACACGGACAAGUACCCUAUCCAGGUAUGACAAAUCGUGAGGUGUUGGAACAAGUGCCAAGGGGUUACAGGAUGCCUCGACCAGAGAAAUGUUCAGAUCAUAUGUAUGAAAUCAUGCUGAAAUGUUGGGACAAGAAAGAAGAGCUACGGCCAACAUUUGAAUAUCUCUGGACAUUUUUUGAUGACUAUUUUGUGUCUACAGAACCUAACUACCAACAUUCUGAAUAAAAAUGUUUUUGAAUUAGGCUUCUAAGUAUGCAUGUGAAUUAAGUAACCUAGGUGUCCUGUUAUUUAGGACAAAGAAAUACAUUUUUGCUACCUAAGAAAAAGACUUAACACAAUUUUCAGUUGAAACUGACUCUGUGAAAUAUGUGGUGUAAAAGAAAUGUAUUUUUAAAAGAUCAUCCAGAAGUAGAAAGGAAAGCUAUUGAAAGACAGUAAGUAUUACAGAAAAAACACUACAAAUUAAGAGUAGAAUCUUAGCUUUGUUUAUGCUUUCUUUUUUCACAGAUAUCAAUUGAUUCAUAUCAUUUUUAGUGUGAAGGUGCUGUUGUAUUUUUCCUGUAGAUUUGAUGCCUUACUGAUCUAAGAGUAAUAUUUCUGGUAGAUCUGUUGCCUUACUGGUGUUAGAGUGUAGGGAUAAUGCAUGUUUUUGUUUUUGUUUUUGUUAUAACAUCUGCAGAAUCCCGAGGGAUUGGUUGGUGCCAAGCCUGGUAGGUAUUUUUAAGAUGUUAUAACACGAAAUGAAUAUGCGCUAACACUGUUUUAGCAUAAAACAUGUGAAAACUGAUAAAGGAAUAUAUUGUUUCUCAAAACAUUUCUGCGAAAUGCACAAGAGUGUCUGUUUUAUCACAUUGACAUCAUUUCCUUUUGAAUUUUCUGCUUUGGGACAGAAAUAUAUUUACGCUUUUCCACAGAAUGCAUAUAAUUUAUAUAAAAAGGUGUUUUAACACCCAUUUACUUUCCUGUUAAAACACACCGAGAAGUGACCAGAACAGCAGUUUUAUGCUUGAAUAAUACAUGCAUUUCUAUUAGAUUUGAUGCCUUACUGAUCUAAAAGUAAUAUUUUAUAUUCUCUGCUUUCACUUUAUGAACAAAGUUUACAGUUUUAAAUAUUUUUAUAUUAACUUACAUUUUACCAUUGUUGAGACUUUUUUGAAAUAUUCUGUUACACCAUUGUUUUUUCCUAUGUGUUUAUAUAUUGAUACAUUCCAGACUUCAUAUCUUUUUGUAAGCUCACCUUAGUACAGGCAAAACUCUUCUCAUUGUCAUUUUGAUCAUGCAAUUACAUUUACACAGUAAUUUAACAGUUUGCAUGGAGUAAUUUUAUGGAGCAUAAAUGAGCCAUGCCAUGAGAAAACCAACAUAGUGGGUAUGCGAUCAGCAUGGAUCCAGACCAGCCUGCACAUCCGCGCAGUCUGGUCAGGCUCCAUGCUGUUCGCUUUUAAAGCCUAUUGGAAUUGGAGAAACUAUUAGCGAACAGCAUGGAUCCUGACCAGACUGCGCGGAUGCGCAGGCUGGUCUGGAUCCAUGCUGGUCGCAUACCCACUAUGUUGGUUUUCCCGUGGCAUGGCUCAAAUUUAAUUGGACAGUAAGAUAUCCUGUGGAAUUUAGGAUAGAGAGAAAUACUGCAUGUUUGUUAGUUGGAAUUGCAGCAUGAACAAUGUAAGAAUUUGUCAGUAUCAUACAGUAGUCUUUGCAUUUCAAAACAAAACGUCAUCUGGCUACUAUGUAAUGUCAUUUCUUUCAAUUCUUUUAGCUGUAAUAUGUCAGACAAGAUUUAUAAGAGAAAAAUAUAUCCUUUAAGGUAGUUCUGCACGUUUGCAAAAACUGGAAGUAAUAGCUUGGAUAACAUUCAGUAAAACCUGGAACCAAAUGAAAAUCUUUUAUGAAUUAAUGGCAACCUGUGAGUAAACACAUGAAAAACAACAAUGCUGAUAGCUUUUUAAACAUAAAAUAUGAUAUUAAACGUUCGACACAUUAAGUUAUUCCAGAUGAAGUCUUAAAAUCAAUGUGUAUCAAAAAGAUCUCUUUUAUCAUGGGCAGAUAUCUCAAAAACAAGCACAUGGGCCUAUAUAUUUUAAUUUACUAUAUUGUAGACCAUAAUUGUGUGUAUUUACAACUGUGAGAAAUUUCAUUAAACUGUACAUUGUGGAAAAAUUUCUGUUUGCGAAUAUGUUGUCCCUAUAGAUGCCCAUCAUGAAAACUUGUAUGUGGUCCAAAUUUUUCUAAUCAGUUAAACAAAAAAUCAAGCACAUGACCCUAUAUCUUUCCGCAAGUAUAUUCUGGAGUUUUGAAAAAUAAGGGUUUUAUCAAAUUAUACAUGGUAGAAAAAUUUAUAAUCCAAACCUGCAAAACUACCUUAAUAGCUGAAAUGUUUACCAGUAGUGUACCACUAAAAUCAGUAGUUUUCAAGUAUUUCUUUUAUAUGUAUACAAAUUUUUUGGUAUUCUCAUAAAUUAACAUUGAUAGUAUAUAUUAAAUUUAAACUUUUUAUUGAUCAAAAUUUUUUGUACAGUUAUGAAAUAUUUUGGAUUCAAAAGAGAAGCUGCUCACAAAGGUAAUAUUUUUGUUGUGGUGCAUUUGGUUCAGUUCUGCUGUUUAUAUCUUAGGGGCAAGUAACUGACCGAGAUUAUUAUACACAUAAGUCUGUUGGAAAAUCCAUAGGUGUUUGAAAGUGUUGUUUUUUUCUCUCUUUUUUUUUUUUUCGGAUUGAUUUUUUAUGUUGAACUAUUUCCCUAUGUAUUGAAAAGUAUUGUCCUAAACUAUGUGCAAUGAUUAUGAGGGUGGUUACUCUACAAAACUGUUUGCUGCAAAAUAGUCUGGUUUACAAGUUCACAUGUCGUCGUCUAUUUUAUAAGCAUUAUUUACUGGAUGUAGUUGCGGAUGGGAAUAUCUGACUGGGGGGAAAGUCUAAGGUGUAAACGAGGUUCUGCUGAGUGAUUUCCAAAAUACAGGAGAGUUGGAUAUUCCUAUUUACACAUCAUGCUAGUGUUAAAACUUGCAUCCUGUAUUCUUGUUAUGCAAACAGUAUACUUUAUAGUGAGCAGUCUUUUGUCAGUAACUUGAAAAAAGCAUUCAGUGUUAUAUGUAGUUUGUUUUGGUGUUAUUUGAAAAGAGCAUUCCUGCAUCCUAGGGUGUAAGUUUAGUUUUACCAGCACUGGUGGAAAAAUUUGGAAGCAAGAGUGUUGUUUUUUCUCAUACAUCAAGUUGGUUACUAUUCCAGUACUUGUGGCUCUUUUGCCACAACAGAAAUUGUGAAUUUGUGAGCAGUUUUUUGUCAGUAACUUGAAAAAAGCAUUCAGUGAUAUAUGUAGUUUGUUUUGGUGUUAUUUGAAAAGAGCAUUCCUGCAUCCUAGGGUGUAAGUUCAGUUUUACCAGCACUGGUGGAAAAAUUUGGAAGCAAGUGUUUUUUUUUUCUCAUACAUCAAGUUGGUUACUAUUCCAGUAUUCCAGUACUUGUGGCUCUUUUGCCACAACAGAAAUUGUGAAUUUGUUUAUGAAUGCUUAAAGUACUUUAAGAAUGUGAAAUGACAUAUAAACAGUGUGUAAAUGAAACAAGCAAAUUAUGCGUUUAAUUUAGUUCAAUUAAAUUAAACAGAUGUUAAUAUUGUCAGUUUGAAAUUUGUAUGUAUAUUUCUGUAUAUAUGCAGUAUAAAGAAGUUUUAUUUGUUUGUUUCCUUGUGCUGCAUUUUUUUGUUAACUAUAUAAUUUAAGAAAAUUAUACAUGCUUAUUAACAUUAUUAAGGAUAAGGUAGAUAUAUGGAAAAACGUAUUGUUAUAUAUCAUUAUUUGAUGUAUGGCCAGUCUGUGCCAUAAGUUACAAUGUUUUCUGAUUCUCUCUUGAGUGGAAGAUUUGUUGGCAUAUUAUAUAUUAUAUAUGUCACAGUAUCAAAACAAUUUAUUCAGAUAUAAGGGGUGUAUAUUUAUGGGAUGUACUUUAGAUAGAUGUCUUACACCAAGACAGUUUACAUAAUGCAGUUUUUUUUAAUUGCCAGAAUAAGCAGAUUUUGGGAUCAAAUUGAACAUGUUGUGGUAGUUCUAGGGGAUUACUUGGACACCAAAUUUAUAGAUAAGUAAUCUGUGUUGGAAUAUACUAAUGUUUAACAUAUGUGUUACAACUAAUUAUUGAAUCACAAAAUGUGCUGGGCACACACUAUUAUACUUCUUUACAUAUUUUUGUCUUUAUUAUAAUGUUUGACAUAACCAUUACAUUUAAUGAUACUCUUUGGCAAAAGUUAUUCAUUUGGUCUCCAUAGAUAAGGUCUCCUUCAGUAUAAAGUUUAUGAUUGAAACUUGUCAGAGAGUAUGCUGGAAUAUUUUCCCCCAAGUCCAAACAGAAACAUUGGAAUAUAACUGAAAUACUAAGUCACAUGAAGUGAUAUUUGUAGUUGAUCAAAUAUUGACCCUAUUUUGAAGCAAUGAUUUUCUAACCCCUCCCUCAGCACACCCCCCCCCCCCCCUCCACCCCCCCACAGAUGCUGUAAUGUAAAUACACAGCGUGUUGACUGCAUUUAUAUAUGUUGCUUGGUGAAGACCUCUGUAUGAGAGCAAACCAUAAAAGUCCAGUAAUCCUUCCUGUAUUGUCUGUGUAAUGUAGCUAUAAUUACUUUAAGAAUUCCAGUUAUUUAGAGAAUGUUUGAUGAUACAUAACUUAUAAAGAUGGUAUCUUCAUGUUUGUUUUAGUCUUGGACAAUCACUUCAUUAUCAUUAACUUUGUUGCCAGGUUAUACAAAUAAUACAAACUGCUGUUGCCAGGUUAUACAGACUGCUGUUGCCAGGUUAUACAGACUGCUGUUCAAUAGAAUUAUAAAAAAGGAAAUAGUUUAUUAAACAAUAUAUUUAGUCCCAUAACAAAAAUGGUGAAGUCUUUAAAAAGACUGGUAGUUAAAUAUGACAUUAUGUCUGACAAAUUUCUUCCUUUUCAUUUUCUGUGUCUCGAUUAGGUGAAUUGAAACUAGGUCUUAACAUAAUGGGUCUGGUAAUGUGCUUUAUUAUAUAAUAGUUAAUAUGUAGACUUGCUCAACAACUCUGUAUAAAUAGAUUGUUUGAUUUCCAGAAAUAUCAGUAACAAAAAGUCUAAUAUCUGUUCAGUUAUAUGUAUUUUUACAUCUACCGAGAUAAUUAUCUUUUUUGAAAAAAUACUCGAAAGUUCAGUAUAUUUUAAAGUUUUGAUACACUGGUUCAUUAAGAAUGGCAAGUGAAAUUGAAAAUAACUAUUUGUCAUAUGAAAGUAGUACAGUGUGAAACCUUCUUCUAUUUUGUUACAAUUCUCUGCCUUUAGCAUUUCAAUCUGACUGUAAGAAAAAAUAUGGAGUGAAAGUAUUGAGAGUGAAAAUAACAUAAACAUAAAUUUUGACUCAAUUUUGUUACCAGGCCUGUUAUUUUUAGCCCCAUAUUUGAAUGAUCACCUGUGGUAUGAGCCACAUUAUCACCAAACCAAAAUACUUGAUCCCAUUUGUGUACAGUCUCAUAGAAAGUAGUUCAUAAAUAUGUCAUCUAGUUCUACUCCCAUCACCUGUAUAUGCUGUGUAUAUGCUGUGUACAUGCUGUGUAUAUCAAUGUUAUUUCUUGUUGAUUUUUACCAUUUAGACUUGUCUCAUAUGCAAUUAUAAUAGUUUCAUGUUCAACCCUUGGUAUGUAUUCAUCAAUGUUGUUGCAUAAAACAUUAUGUUGAAUGCAUACAUCAGUUUUGUUGCAUAAAAAUCAUCACUUUUUAUGCAUAUAUCAGUGAUGUUGCAUGAAAAAUAGUAGUUUGAAUGCAUGCAUUGAUGUCAUUGCAUAAAACAUUGUAUAGUUAUUGAAUGGCUGGCAAAUCAAUAGUAAAAGCUAUUGCCAGGGGUUCUAAAGACAGAGGGAAAAUAGUUUUGACGAUUGACCUGCAAACCAUUAAGUGACUGUUUUAUUACAUUACAGCAGGCAUAAUUUUUUACAGAAAUUUUAUCAGAAAGUUUUGACUUUAGCCCAAGAGAGUUUGUUGAAUAUAGACUGGUCAUUUAGCAUAAACUUUGGACUGGCACUUCAUAUACAUGUAACAAUCAUCAUAAAAUGUGUAAAAAAUAUCAACAUAUAAUGUCUUACUGAAAGUUUGUUCUAGCAUUGAACAGGAGACAUUGAUCUAAUAUUGAAGUGCUGUUAGUUUAUACUAAUUUGUUUUAGCUUGAUUGUGACUAAAGCUUCAAGCUUAUUGGAACCACUCUCGAGUCCGCUUCCUGGAAAAACCAGUACUGGUGUCAUAUAAGAAGUCAUGGUCGUGACCCCAAUGGGGCUCGAACCCACGACCCCUGGAUUGAGCGGCCGACACCUUAUCCACUAGAUACUUCUGAAAUGCCAUAUUUUUGUGAAUUUAUAUAUUUUUACAUCAGUAUAGAUAAGAUAUUUCAUUGUAAAUAAAAUUAACAUAUUAUA